ACGUGUCCAUACUGCCAGCGGACGUACCGGCGCGACGCGUCUCUGCAGGAACACAUGAAGUUCUGUCAGGACCGGGAUGGAGGAGACAGCGCUUGUCCUCUGUGCGGAUACAGUACGCCGUACCGCGCUCAGAUGGAGCGACACCUGAGCCUCCACCAGACUCACGACAAGAACUCCAUGUCUGAGCCCGGUCUGGAGAACAGAAAGUUCAAGUGUAAUCAGUGUGGAAAGGCCUUUAAAUACAAGCAUCACCUCAAAGAGCACCUGCGCAUUCACAGCGGUGAGAAGCCGUACGAAUGCUCGAACUGUAAGAAGCGCUUCAGUCACUCGGGCUCUUACAGCUCACACCUCAGCAGUAAGAAGUGCCUAAGCGGCGGCGGCGCGACCGGUAACGGCGCUCAUUAUAACGGCCAUCCCGCGUACCCCUCGCCCACGUCGCCCCCUGCUGUCAGCGGGAGAAAGGGUUCUCUGUUCCCGCCCGAGUCGUCCGUUCCCGUCCUGAGCCGCUCGUGGGACCCGGCGGAGGAUCUGGCGCUGAGGACGGGUGUGUUUAAGGGCACAACGCUUCUGCCGCUGCUACAGUCGCGCAACAAAUUCGAGCAUCUGCUGCAGGAGAUGCUGCGGAGGGAGGUGGAAGACGAGAAACAAGCGAAAACUGAAAACUUCUCUCGGCUGUACGACGCCCAAACGUUGCCCACAACCAAUCACACGCCUUAUAGAAAGCUGUCGUCGCCGCAGCGGGCGUCUUGGCAUUCUGUGCCGCAGCAGAUCCUCGUGCCUUUACCGACACACGCGCAGCUGGAUAACCGCUGGCCGAGCGAAGAAAGCGCAAGUCCGAGAAAACCCACGUCACCCGCUUUACCCGAACGCCAGCAUCCGAUUGGCUCACGCUUCGGCUCUCCUCCCGGCUUGGACCUGUCAAUCAACACGUCACCACGGCAACCAAACCACAUCCAGAGCGAACCUUUAGACUUGUCUAUUCCCAAAGCGCAUUCGGUCGCGCCGCGGAAUUCGGCGUGUAACGGCAACUCGACGCAUCACGAGGGCGUGUUCAAGAGACUGACUCCGCCCUCCCAGCAGCAUGUGGGCGGGGCCUAUGCGGCGUCGCCACUGUUCAGCAGCACGGUGUUCGGCAGCUUCCCGCUCUUCAAUCACAUGAUCCCCGCCGGUUUGGGACACAACGGUCUGACAUCACUUCCUCUCACGCCACCCGCGCCCAGUCCGUGCUUCCUGUCUCCUGUGGCGUAUAUGGUGGAGGCGGAGUCAGAGUCGAUGCUGAAGAGAAUACAACAUGAAAGACAUUCGAUCAUGGUAAGAGCAAACACACCAGAACACACUCGAAAUAAAGGCUACUUUCACCCGGCCCCAAGCGAGCCGCUCGCCGCUUACCUGAGCGACUCCAGCAGAGACGAGGACGAGGAGGAGGAGGAGGAGGAGGAGGAAGAGGAGGACGAGGACGAUUUCGGUGGAGGAGUGAGGACAGAGCACGCAGACGAAAAACCCACAGACGGAAGCCAGAAACAGGAGAGUCCUGAUGGAGAGUGA